CGUCACGCGCCUUCCCUUGUUUGUUUUCUUUUAAAACCCCAUUUAUCGCACAUUCCCAUUCUCUCUUUCUCCUUCGUGUCAACCACCGUUUCUUCUUCUUUUUCGGCGCCAUGUCUUACGAUUAUCUCUUCAAGUACAUCAUCAUCGGCGACACAGGUGUAGGGAAAUCGUGCCUGCUCCUGCAGUUCACUGACAAGAGGUUUCAACCCGUCCAUGAUCUCACCAUUGGCGUUGAGUUUGGUGCUCGCAUGGUCACCAUCGAUUCCCGACCCAUCAAGCUUCAGAUAUGGGACACUUGGUCUGAUGUGUUACCUAAAUAUGAGGUUGAUCCUUUUCAUAAAUCUUUCCUUCAACUGACAACAAGAAGGGUUUGUUUGUUGAUUAGGAGAGAGACUUUUAAUCAUUUAGCAAGUUGGCUGGAAGAUGCUCGGCAGCAUGCCAACCCUAACAUGACAAUCAUGCUGAUAGGCAACAAGUGUGAUCUUUCUCACCGAAGGGCAGUGAGCAAAGAGGAGGGUGAGCAAUUUGCAAAGGAAAAUGGACUUCUGUUCUUGGAAGCUUCUGCCAGGACAGCUCAAAAUGUGGAAGAGGCCUUCAUAAAGACUGCUACAAAGAUUCUCCAGAAUAUUCAAGAAGGUGUCGUUGAUGUGUCCAAUGAGUCAUUUGGUAUAAAACAAGCGAAUGUACGUCCCCAAGGUCAACCCGGUGGAAGAGAUGGAACUGUUAGUACUGGAGGUGGCUGUUGCAGCUGAUUAUGAGAAACUCAAACUCUAUGUGUAAUUAGGGGUGUGCUCUAUGUGUAAUUAGGGGUGUGCAUGGCCCGGCCCGGCCUCGAACACUUUAGGGACUAAUUUGGUGUGAUUUCACCGGGUCUAGGGCCGGGUAAGGAUCUCAAAAAUAGACUCGGUCAUUAUUUCGGGUUGGGUUCGGGCCAUGGCUCAGGUCAUCAGAACUUGGUCCAGUGGUCCGGUCAUAUACACAAUUAAUAUUGUGUUAUUAGCGAUGGAUGAUGGCUAUUCUUAUGUGGAAUUUAAGUAUUGUAAACUUUAAUAUUUUGUGUUAUUAGUUA